GCUCAAACUUCUCUCAAUUUUCCCCUGACAAUCCACCCUUUUCCUUAUCUUUCCAGCUUUCCGAACCCACACAACUUUCGUCAUGGCUGCUGACGUGAGUUAUCCCAACGUGAACGGCCAUGGUACUAUUACCAAUGGUAAGCGCCAAUUCCUAGUCCCGGUUUCUUCCCUGGGGGGAGCAGAAUUUGUUGCCAUACCUCAAUUGCAAUCAAAGCUGACAGCCAGUCUCAUAGGACCUCUGGCCGACAACAUCAAAUCCGAGGCGACCCGCACCAGUCAAGAGCUGCGCGAGCUGCGCAACGCAGCAGUGACUCCCUCCACCACCGCCGCGACCGGCCAGCCCCUAACUUACUACCACUCCCUGCUGUACAGCCUUUUGAGCUGGGAACAACCCCGAGCCACCGCCGUCUCCUUCAUCAGCGUUGUAGCUUUCAUCUUUGCCGCCCGUUACCUUCCGCUCCUCCGAUGGUUCUUCAAAUUUGUCUAUGUGGUUCUGGGCUUCACCGCUCUCGCCGAGCUGGGUGGUCAACUCGCCCUGAAGCAGAGCGUCGUCGGAUCUUUCCGCCCUCGCAAAUACUACACCGUUCCCAAGGAGACGGUCGAAGCCGUGUUGGAGGAUCUUGAGCAGCUCGUCGAUUUCGUCCUGAUCGAAUUCCAGCGCGUUCUGUUCGCCGAGAACCUUGUUCACACCAUUGCUGCUUUCCUCGCCGCUUUCUCCGCCUACUGGUUGAUCAAGUUCCUUCCCUUCUGGGGUCUCUCCCUCAUCACCGUCACCAUUGCUUACUUGGGUCCUUUGGUCUACAUCAACAACCGCGAGGUCAUCGAUGCCCAGAUCGAGCACCUCCAGGAGAUGGUCAACAGCCAGGCCCACCAGCUGAAGGACAUCGCCGAGGAGCGCACCGCCCACGCGACGGGCAUCGUCAAGCAGUACGUCGAGGACUACAGCGCCAAGGCCCAGGGAUUCGUGCACCGCCGCUCUGCUUCGCGCUCCGUGACCCCCGAGGUGGCCAAGGUUGCCAGCAGCCCCGUCAUCAAGAAGGAACCCGAGGCCGAGCCCGAGAUCAAGAUCCCCGACUUCCCUGAAGCCCCGAAGGCUGAGCCCGUGGCCCCCGCCGCUCCCGUCGCUCCUUUGGUGGAAUCAAUUGAGCAGCCUGCCGUUGAGGCUGAGGAGAAGGAGCCUCUUCUGGCUUAGAGGGUGUCGUGAUUCGGGGUCUACACGGGUCGUUAGCUGCCUCCAAGGAUUGUGGUAGUUCUGACUAAGGGCAUUGAGGAGUCGACUGUGAUGGCAUGCACAGCCGACUGAGGCUGGGUAGUAUGUAUGCGGUGGUGUGGUGUGUGUAC